GUUAUGAUUAGUACCCGCUUCAGAACUGAAAUACAAAUUUUCCAUUUACAUUCAUUCAAGAAACUAUAUCUAAUAUCCGCGUUCAGUCAGCGCAUCAGUCAGCCUUACAGUGUACAAUUAAUAUUGCUUCUUGAUUCGACGCGCCGACGAGACUGACGUACACAUUUUCGGACUUCGUGAUUACAAUAUUAAUUAAAUUAAAAUACUUAAAAAAAUAUUCCAAAUAAGUGAUUCUUAUAAUUUUACUAUUAAAUAAUUUUAAUUAUAUAUAUGGGCUGUUACUAAAAUGGAUACGUUAAAGUGGUUAUCAGAAUUAUUUUGGGAUGAACGCUGGUGGCUUCCUAAUGGAGUAAAGUGGGCUGACGUGACCAAUGGACCAGACAAAACUGUGUUACAUCCUGACAUAACUGACUUCUACUAUGUUAUACCUUUGGCGAUUGGCUUACUCGUCCUAAGGUAUAUAUUGAACAUAUACUGUUUUAUACCUCUCGGCCUAGCUCUAGGCAUUCCUAACAAGAAGAAGAGAAAUCUCCGACACAUACCUGCGUUAGAGUCUGCAUAUCGGAAGAAUGCCCUCAUCAAAGAUACUACGGCUCUCGCCAAGCAGUUGGACAUGUCAGAACGCCAAGUGGAACGAUGGUGGCGCCUCCGCCGCAACCAGGAUAAAACUUCUAGCCUCACAAAAUUCUGUGAACAUGCAUGGAAGACUUUCUACCUCCUCUUUAGUACACCCACAGUGUACUACAUAGUGUGGGACAAAGAUUGGUUCUGGGACCUCGAUAAGUGUUACACUAAUUUCGGAAAACAUGAACUAACGAUGGAUAUUUAUUGGUUCUACCUGGUGACAAUGGCGUACAUGAUUUCUUUGACGAUCACCUAUUUCUACGACGUGAAACGCAAGGACUUUUGGGGAAUGUUCGCACAUCACAUAGUGACAAUCUUGUUACUGUGUAUCAGCUGGAUUAUAAAUGCUUUUAGGAUCGGGAUAGUGGUUAUAGUGUUGUUGGACCUCACUGAAAUUUGGCUUGAGUUUGUGAAAGCCAUAAGAAGAGCAUAUUUCGAGAAAUUGGCGACAUCUCUUUUUAUUGGAUUCGUGCCUGUGUGGUUCUAUACAAGGAUGUAUCUGUUCCCACUGUACUUGUAUAGCACUGCAAUCCGUUCAAUGGUAUUUUGGGGACAUAUCGCCGCUUUAUACGUGGUGAAUGCAAUGCUGUUUGUAUUGUUCUUCCUAUGUGUGUACUGGUCGGUACUGAUAGUCAAAGUUGUAUUCAAUACCUUCAGUUCUGGGGUGCCCCGAGACGUGAGAAGUUCCAGUUCAGAAGUCACUGAGGCUGAGGAAGUCGACAAAUUGCUACUUUCAAACAGUAGAUAACAAUUUAUGCCAUGGAAAGUCUUUAUAAUGGCCUAAACAAAAAGGGCUUGUAAAAAAGUAGUGGAAAUAAUUUAAGUAAUUCUGCAAAUAAAUAACUUGAAACAUAAAAGCGAAUACAGUUAAUAUCGGUAUAUUUUUUCAUUGAAAAUGAAAAAGAGGGUAUAAUAUUAUUUUUCCAUUUACAUGUUUAGGUCUUCUAGAUAAAAUUGUAAGUACCUAUAAGUCGGUAAGGUAGAUUUAUUAUAUACCUAGUAUAAUGCGCAACGAAUUUAGUAUUAUUUUGUUGAUUUUUGAUUGAAAUAUUAGAUACUAAAUAAAAUAUUCCUAUUAUAA